CAUGUCUUUACUGAUUUAAUUUGUUCAGAGAAAACAUCCGAAUCCGAUGCGGGAACUACGUGUGAAAUGUCGAUUCAGAGCUAUAGGUUAACGUCGCGCCAUUUUGAGGCACCAGUAGAGCGAUUGGAAUUUGCUUUCAGUACCGUUGCACCACUCGCUACAUUGCAUCUGAAGAAUGCCGAUGGCCUGCAGCUGUACACAAUCGAGCUGCACCCCAAUACAGGGACUUUACAACUGUCGAACCAUGAUGGCAGCGCCGAUGACUUUGAGCAAAUCGUGGGAGAGGACGGAAACUUCCCACCUCGCCUCUGGGUGACGUACAAUAACUGCGAGAUCAAGGUGGGCGUCCACAGAAGCAGCGACCCGAGGGUGAGCCUUCAGCAGGAUGCCGCGAGUGAACCUCGUGAAAUCUGGAUCAUUGACCUCUCCGCGGAUGUAUAUUGGCAGAUCUUCAAGCCAUGUCCCAGUUUCAACAUUCCACCACGGUAAAAGCCACAUUUUGCAUAUCACGCUCCCAUUGAUGGAUUUCGUCAGCACAAAAUUUGAUGUUGAAUAUUUUAGGACAAAAGGGAACUUAAUUUCCCCUGGGCCCUAUCCUAACAAAGUGUCAAAGCUAUCGCUGAACUGUUGCCUUAAGUAAACUAGUCCAGUCCAAUGUUUUAGGCCUGCACCAUUAUGUGCGAAUGGGGGCGCUACUACGACAACAUUGGGAAGGCGCAAACAGUAAAAUAUCAGCUUAUUAAUGCAAUUUUGCAGAAAUCUGAUUUAGGGCCUACAGUGCAGGCGUUGCAUGAAGACUAGCGUAUCAGUGAAGGAACAUUUUCAGUGAGGUACAUUUUAGAUUAAUACGCGUCAAAACUGCAACACGGCAAAAGCGCCUCAGUUUUGAGGAAGCAGCAGUAUGGCUUUUGUUAAUACAAAAGGGCACUUAUAAAAGCGUUUAAACCUAAAUAUGGUGUCUUAUUAUUUUCACAAGUAAGGAAGAACGGAUCCGUUUUAUUAUUUUAAGAGAAAAAUCCAUGGCAUAGUCGAAACAAUGACACAUGUAAGCUCAUAUAUAAUGUAAGCAUGGUCGCGUUUGAACA